AUGUCUGAAUUCUCGUUGCAAUAUGUUCCGCAAAAGGCAGUAAAAGGACAGGCAAUAGCAGACUUUCUCGCUCAUCACCCACUCUCAGAGCUCACGGCGUUUCGCGAAUUGGAAUUCGCUACCGUGACACUCGCUCCAUGGACCCUGUACUUUGAUGGUUCGCGGACUGACACCGCAGCCGGCGCCGGGAUAACCAUAGCCAAUCCCGCCGGAGAUCGCUUCUCCUGCUCGUUCCAGCUCGAUUUCAAAUGUACCAACAACCAGGCUGAGUACGAGGCGCUGAUCAUCGGCCUAGAGAUUUUGUUGGAUUUAGGAGUCCGCGAGGUUCAGUUCUUUGGCGAUUCUUUGUUGGUCGUUAACCAGCUGGUGGAAAAGUUUAAGUGCUUAAGCUCAUCAAUUGAGCCAUACCUGCGCAAGGCAUUUGAGGUGUUGGAUCGAUUUGACGACGUUUACAUCGAGCACAUACCACGUGAGUUCAACUUCGCCGCCAACUAG